CUUCAGCGGAUGUUGUUGUCAGCUGACAGCACUUCCUCCUGUCGUAUUUCUCCUUUUUAUGCUUUCACCCACAUUAAUCUUCGUAUUCAUUUCAAACAAGCUGAACUAUUUAAUGUGGAGGGAUCACAGAGGUAAAUGAAAUGUCUGCGAAACCAACCUGUCUGAUAGUGGCGAGUGCUUCUCCACAAGGAGUGUCAGCAAAGUCUUUCCAUCAGUCCUUCAGUCUUUGUACUCCAGUGUUUAAUCUCCAGACAGCCACUCCCGGGGGGAAACCAAUAGACUUUACUGGAGUCGAUGAAAGCACUGCUAGAUGGGUGCAGGACUUCAAUGUGAAACCCUACGCGACACCAGCCAAACUUGAAUCUAUAGAUGGUGCCCGAUACCAGGCGCUGCUCAUCCCGGACUGCCCCGGAGCGCUGAAUGACCUGGCACACAGCGGCUCUCUGCACCGCAUUCUCACACACUUUGUCUCUCAUAAAAAGCCUGUUUGUGCAGUGGGACAAGGAGUGUCGGCGCUGUGUUGUGCCACUGAGGGUCAGAGCUGGAUCUUCAGUGGUUACAGUUUAACAGGGCCGUCAGUGUUUGAACUGGUGCGGAGGCCUGACUUUGCCAACUUGCCCUUGGUCGUGGAAGACUUUGUGAAAGACAGUGGUGGAUCAUACACAGCAAGUCAAGAAGAUGCUGUGCACGUAGUCAUUGACAGACACCUAAUAACUGGUCAGAAUAUGCAGUCCACCUCACUCGCUGUAAAUAAUCUCAUCCUGCUCUGUGGUGCCAAGUAAAACAUAGAAAAUGUUGACAUCAGGAAGUUAAACAGCUUGGUUGUUCCACAUUUAUAUUCAUGUAAUUAAACAAACAUUCAUCUCAGACAAAUAUUGGAAGAUGCUGGGUCAGAACAAAUGCUUGGCAACACUGUACAUACAACAUCAUUACUUGCUGUUAUCAUAAACAUAAUAAAAAGUCCACACAAUCAAAUGUCUUGAUUUGAAAUUUAAAAAAAAUUAGCGACAUGAGAAACAUUGUUGUGUCAGGAGCAGAUGCAGUUUUGAGGAUAUUCAAAGCCAGAGAAAGAUCAACUGAAGAUGUCUGUUUGGACUGAAGAGAAGCUGCAGAUGUUUGUGGCAUGUAAACUUUGAAGGCCUCAGAACAAGAAUAUAACCCUUCAUUUAAACUGUAUACACAUAAUGAUGAUGCACACUCCGGUGUUGAAUGAAGAUGUGUUACUGCAAUCUGACUGAACUGUACAAAUUGUUUUUUUUCUCCCAACAUACUGAAGUACCUAAUGUCUCCUGCUAGUAUCGUUUUAAUCAACAAAUCACAGAUUUGUUUAUGUAGACAAGAUUUCUCAAGACUAUCAUGAUGCUCAAACAAGUUUUUAUUAACUAAAUCCUGUCAACGACUUUCAUAGUUUCAUAGUUCCCUGUUACUUACUCAGAAAUUAAAAAAAACAAAAUAAUACCUGCA